UCUGUGAGGACAAUGUAGGACAAUUUUCUGUUUUUACAUUUUGAAUUUGUCUCACAUUCUUUUGAAUGAUUUGCAUUUGGUUAUUAUCUGCUGUAUUGUGCUGUGUCUGACCAUAAGGAUAAGUGUAAUGUUCCCUUGUAUGGGUCUCACAUGGUGAUAAUGAUUUACCCCACAGUGUCUUCAAAGAGAAGGAGAUUCUACAGAGGAUAAGUCAUGCCGCACACCCGUUCCUGAUAACACUGCACGGAACAUUCCAAACGGAUUCUCACCUCUUCUACGCGAUGGAACAUCUACCUGGAGGUGACAUGUGUGAUUUCCUAAAUCAUGUAGAACUGCAAGAACCUGAUGUGAUGUUUUACACCGCAUGUGUAGUGCUUGGCCUGGAGGCAUUACACCAGAUCGGCAUUGUACAUAGAGAUCUAAAGCUUGAGAAUUUGCUGCUGGACCAGGAGGGAUAUCUGAAAAUCGUUGAUUUCGGCCUCAGCAAAGACAGAUUUGGAUACAGCGACCGUACGAACACCAUGUGCGGCACAAGAACCUACAUGGCCCCAGAGAUCUACAUGAAAAUAGGAUACGGCAUGGCCGCUGACUGGUGGGCCUUGGGAGUCACUGUAUACAUUAUGCUCAUGUAUGAGUUACCAUUCAACGACGAAGAUCCAAUUGAGCUAAUGAAGAGCAUCCGUUAUGAUGAAAUCGAGUUGCCAGAAGACCUAUCAGAGGAUGUCUCUAAUUUUAUAUAUCAACUCUUAGAAAAAGAUCCAGAAUAUCGGCUUGGAUCUGGCGAGGCUGGUGCUGAAAUGAUCAAAGAGCACCCCUUCUUCAGAGAUAUGGACUGGGAACAACUUUUAAACCGAAAAAUAAGGCCUCCAUUUGUGCUAAACCACCAAGGCCAUCUGGAGAGCUUGAACGACCCUGAAUGCCAAGCUCCAGCACUGACACCACUUGCUGUAAGGAUUCCAUCAGAGCUGCAAGAGGCAUUCAGAGGAUUCGAUUAUACACCUGAAUAAACAUCAAAACAACAAAUAAUGGUCGGUAUGGACGGGGUAGGUGGAGGGCCAGUCCAUAUUCUCUUAAGAAGUGCCAGCCGUAUAAACCAAGCUCCAGCACUGACACCACUUGCUGGAAGGAUUCCAUCAGAGCUGCAAAAGCCAUUCAGAGAUUUGACACCUGAAUAAACAUCAAAUAAGGCGUUGAACUCCACGGCGCAAUGUCUUCUGAUCCGACGCACUGAGAGGAAAGCAAGCGACCAG